UGCUGGCUAAUAGUUACAUGUUUUCUACGCCAAUAUGGCAACCAGGUGGGGAAUCUGUAGCGCCGGGAAAAUCAGCCAUGAUUUUACAGUGGCACUGAAAACCCUCCCUCCCGGAGACCAUCAGAUUGUUGCUGUGGCAGCGCGGAAACUACAGGACGCUCAGGAGUUUGCAAAGAAGCACAGCAUCCCUCAAGCCUAUGGCAGCUACGAGGAACUGGCCAGAGAUCCAGAGAUUGAGGUGGUAUAUGUGGGCACCAUCCACCCAUACCACCUGCCAGUUGGCAUGCUCUUCAUGAAGGCCCAGAAGAAUGUGCUGUGUGAGAAGCCUAUGGCCAUGAACCUCAGAGAGGUGCAAGAGCUGGUGGCCUCUGCUAAGAUGAACAACGUGUUUCUCAUGGAGGCAGUGUGGACCCGCUUCUUCCCAGCCUCUCUGGAGAUUGAGCGCCUGCUGUCUCGGGGGGAGGUGGGUGAGGUGAAGAUGGUAAAGGCAGACUUUGGGGUGCCCCUCAUGCACGUGCCCAGAGCGGUGGAGAAGGAGCUGGGAGGAGGGGCGCUGCUGGACAUCGGCAUCUACUGCCUGCAGUUUAUAUGCAUGGUGUACAAUGGAGAGAAGCCUGAGUGCAUCCAAGCCACCGGUGUCUGUCUGGACACAGGUAGCGAUACAGCGAUGGGAC